GAUUUCUGCAAGGAUUUGAAGCACUCAGGGUCUUGAAUAUGAGUAGAACUAGCAUCCGCUCAUUGCCUCUUUCUCUACUUCAACUUUGUGAACUUCGUGCUCUUCUUUUAGAGGGUUGUUCUUAUCUUAAAGAAUUACCCCCACUGGAAGGUCUUUGUAAACUUCAAGUGCUUGACCUCUCUGCCACCGGUAUCAGAGAAUUGCCAAGAGGGAUGAAAAACUUGAGCAACUUGAAGCAACUGAACCUAUCCGGCACUGAAUACCUAAAAACCAUCCAAGCUGGAAUUAUACCUCGAUUGUCUUGUUUAGAGGUUUUGGAUAUGACAAAGAGUGCUUAUCGUUUCAGUGUUAACAGAGAUGUACAAGAGGAAAUGACAUGUUUUGAAGAGCUAAAAUUCCUUAAGCGACUACUUGUCCUCUAC